GACUCGUGUUGGUUGGUGAAUGGCUCAUUUCACCAUUCACCAACUCUAUACCCGCCUCAGCUCUAUUGACCUUACCAAACCCCCCGCCUUGAAAUCCGAUCCCACUCGCACUUUGUGUUGCUUGUGUCGCCCACGGUUUUUCGCUUCUGCUAGAAAGCUUAAAGCUUUUCCUUCUGCUCUUUCUCAUACCAGAAGCCAAAUCAUACAAAUGGGUAGUCAAGCAAAGGUCUAUACUUUGGCUGAGGUCUCUGAGCACAACCAACCCAAAGAUUGCUGGCUUGUUAUUGAGGGAAAGGUAUAUGAUGUGACGAAAUUCUUGGAGGACCAUCCUGGUGGUGAUGAGGUUUUGCUAUCUGCCACAGGGAAGGAUGCAACUGAUGAUUUUGAGGAUGUUGGCCACAGUAGCAGUGCAAGGGCGAUGAUGGAUGAAUUCUUUGUCGGUGAGAUUGAUACAUCAACCAUACCUUCUAGGAAGGCGUAUACUCCUCCUAAGCAGCCUCACUACAACCAAGACAAGACACCAGAAUUUAUCAUCAAGCUCCUCCAAUUCCUAGUUCCUUUGCUGAUCUUAGGUUUGGCUGUUGGUAUCCGCUUCUAUACCAAAUCAACUGAAGCAUAAUUGCUGAAACAAGAACUAGAAUCGAAAUUCGAUUCAUAAUAAGCUUAUUUUGGUUACCCUUUAACCUGUGGGUAUGAUCUUAGGACUCAGGACUUGUGAUGAAUAUGUUCUCGUUUCUCCCUGCCUUUAGCCUUUUCAUGUAAGAUUUCAUAUCGUCAUCAAUCUUCUUGUGCUCUUGGUUAAAACUUGAUUCGGCUCUUAAAACAAGAUUGCAUACUUUUUAAUUAUAGUUCAGGAUAAAAAAUAAAAUUUGAUAUUUUUUU